GAGGAGACCUAAUGGUUAGAGACUGAUAUAUAUAACUCUGCCUCAGCAUUUGGGGGUUCGCUCGUCCCCUUGGUCCCAUGGAGGAGGCUGACUACGAAGGAUUCUCCAUCAGAGAGUACACGCGUAAGGUUAGGAGCGUUGAUAUGCGGAAAUGCUGUCCGUUCCCCGGCGAGUUUACCGGAGAUUUUAUUCAGUCGCUGCUUCCUCCGAUAACUGUAACCAAGUUCCGUUGGUGGUCUCAUGAGCUGACCUCGCUGCUAACGAAAUCUCCGGAUGAUGAUCCCAAACCGGCUUUUCGACGAAAGGCCAAUGCAGAGUCUACACCGUGUAAGAAACGCUCCAUCGGUGAAACGAUGACGAAUGAUCUUGUGUUGCAGAAUAACAAGAUUAAAACCAAGAAGCUAGAUGAUUCCUUCGAUGCCAAAACUGACAACAAGGUUAAUAGCUGCCAAGAACAAGCUCGACAAAGAGCGGCAGAUGAUGGGAAAUGCAGUCUUGGGAACAAAGAAAGAUCUCGUGUUAUGUCUCCUACUAUGAAUAAUGCUGGAGUGCGAUGCUUCUCUUACACAGAUGAAGAACUGUUUCCAGAUUCUCCCAGAUCAGUCAGUCAAGAUUGUGAUUCUGAGUUUCAGACUCCUGGAACUUUGAAGGUGGCUAAAAGGAAAGUUUGCUGGGUGAGGAGUCUUGAUAAGUCGAAUGUUGAUGCUCCUCAGUGCGAGAGGCAAGUCAGAUUCUCUUUACAACUCUGCUGCUCGCGAAUGAAUCGGUUAAGCCUAUGUUCUGCGGCAGAGGAUCAACCGCCUAAGGUUUUGUCAAACGAUAAGACCAGUGAAGAUAUGCUGGUAGAAUCCAGGAAACUAAACAAGUCUCAGCCUGUGGUUUCUGAGAGAAGGUUAAGUCAUGCUCGAGCAAAAUCUGGCCCGUCGUGUUUACCUGGACCACAUCUCACUCUGGAAAGAAUUAAAGAUGCAUUAGAUUUGGAGAGAAAGAGGCAUUUGGCGCCUAACCAAUCACCUGUCUCUACUUCGAGUGAGAUCCAUUACAGAAGUUGUUCGUCUUCCUUCUCUCAACCUGUAUCAUUGCUGAACCAAUCACCUUUUGAUCCACUUCUUGUAGAAGAGGCCAUCUUAGAAUUACCUCUUAAUUUACAAGGUGAAUUAGUAGAAGCAAAUGGUUCCUCUAGAUCUGCAGCUGUGGAAAAUGAUGUUUUACUGAGUAAUUUAGUGGACUUAUCCAGGGGAAGGAAACAUUCAGCUGAGCCAGCACUUGCCAUAGAUGUAGGAAGGCCCCCUGUGUAUAAUGAGAAACAGUAUAAGUACUAUCCAGCUAGGCUAGGCCUUGAUGAGACCUUCACCGAGAAUGCGUUUUUCAUUUCAGAUGCUGAUGAUGGAGAGUGUGGCCACACAAUCAAUCUGCCAAAGGAGGAAGCUCUGAAUCAGAACCUAAGUAGCAGGCAUAUGGUUGCAACACCUGAUGGUUUGUGUUUACAUGACACUCAGUCAACAAUGCGGCUGAUGGGUAAGGAUGUUUCCGUUAAAACAGGUUACUCAGAAGGCGAGAGGAUCAUAGCAUCAGAUGCUUCUAUAGAUUACUCCUUUCUGGAGAGCUAUGCUCAACAGAGCUGGUUAUGGCGAACGACAACACUUGGAGAAAGUCAUUCAAUCACAUCACUGGAUAAGUCUUGGAACACAACUCUGCUGUGUGAUACUUCAAAGGAUCACUUUCCUAUGUUUUGUGAAUCUCCCCAAGUCAGAACAUAUGUUGUUCCUGAUUCAGAAUUGCCUCCCACAGUCAUGUAUCCGUGUGGCUCGCUCGUCUCUUGUCCAUUGACUGAUAAGGAUCUCUACUUCCAUGAAUCUGGUUUAGGACAGCAGCUAAACAGUGUCACAUUCAGCGACCAACAACUACCUUUUCUACCCGAAAUUGGUGGUCUGCCUUCUGCUUACAGAAAUAAUGGUGUUGUUGGUCUCUUACCUGAUGUUAGAGAACCAUCUUUCGGUAUUCCUUUUACUUCUACUGCACAAUCACAGCUUCAUUGGCCACAAAGUUCCUUUGAGAGCUCUCGUUUUGAUAUCUCUUCUAUCAAUCCAUCUGAACAAUUAGUGUCCUUAUAUGGGUCCAAGUCAUCAUCUUCUUACAUAAAGGUGGGAAAAGCUCAACUAGUGUCUCGUUUUGAUAUGUAGCUAGGCUUGUCUACUGUGAUGUUGAUUGUAUAUUGUUGGGGACUUUGAUGUUAAAACGGUCUCUAUACAUUUCAUGGACCAUAACUAUCAAUCCAUUGAUCGAAACACAUUUGGUUUUGAUUUUGAUUA